AUGAAGGAGUCUCAGCACCCUGUAGUCACCCUCAGUCCUCCACACUCUACAGGGCAGGAGUCUCAGCACCCUGUAGUCACCCUCAGUCCUCCACACUCUACAGGGCAGGGGUCUCAGCACCCUGUAGUCACCUUCAGUCCUACACACUCUACAGGCCAGGAGUCUCAGCACCCUGUAGUCACCCUCAGUCCUACACACUCUACAGGGCAGGAGUCUCAGCACCCAGUAGUCACCCUCAGUCCUCCACACUCUACAGGGCAGGAGUCUCAGCACCCUGUAGUCACCCUCAGUCCUACACACUCUACAGGCCAGGAGUCUCAGCACCCUGUAGUCACCCUCAGUCCUCCACACUCUACAGGGCAGGAGUCUCAGCACCCUGUAGUCACCCUCAGUCCUCCACACUCUACAGGGCAGGAGUCUCAGCACCCUGUAGUCACCCUCAGUCCUACACACUCUACAGGCCAGGAGUCUCAGCACCCUGUAGUCACCCUCAGUCCUCCACACUCUACAGGGCAGGAGUCUCAGCACCCUGUAGUCACCCUCAGUCCUCCACACUCUACAGGGCAGGAGUCUCAGCGCCCUGUAGUCUACAUCAACACUUUCAGUAAAGUCUGA